GGGCCCAGUUGCAGGGACUGAUUCGGAGGAGCUCCUUUCCUGAUUUCUCUAGUCCGCCGAGGCGCCGACGAAGAACGCGGGCGGCGAGGAGGCGCAACCGCGCGACGGCGUAGCUCGCGCGGCCGCACGGGGCGGCGUCCUACCUGCGGCCGCGCUUAUCCCCAACCCUAACCCGACAUGUCGGCGUCGGAUCUCCCCGACGAGCUGUGGGCGCGCGUGCUGGAGCUCGGCGCGGGCGCGGGCGCGGCCUCCUCCGCGCUGGGGUUCCGCGACCUCUGCGCCCUCGCCAUCGCCUCCCGCCGCCUCCGCCGCCUCUCCCUCCACCCCUCCCUCUGGUCCGCGCUCCUCUCCCGCGACUUCCCCACCCAAUCGUCGCAGCCCUCCUCCGCCUCCUCCUCUUCCUCUCAGCAGCAGCUCCACCCCAAAUCCGUCUACAAAACUAAGUUCGAGAGGCAUAAGGUGCGGAUGGCGGAGGCGAGGCGGCGGGUGGUGUUCGAGGCAGAGGGCCGCGUGUUGGCGUGCCGGAGGCGGCUGACGCAGCUGGAAGAGUCGUUGCAGGAGGAAGGGGAGAAGAUGAAGACCGCCGCGCAGGAGCUGGACAACCUCGAGAGGGUCAGGAGAGCUUCAGUGGCAUUAAAUGUAUGGCAACCACAAGUUGUUCGUGGACGUCAAAAACAAUUGGUUCAACAGUGCACAGUUCCAGUUGAUUCCCGUCUUAGUGAUGUAAACAUGGAGCUGAAAGUUUGUAAGCAACAAAUAGCAACUUAUAAGAACAUUUAUAACAAGGAGAAGGAAAAACUGAAUGAGUAUGAGGAAGCAUUGAAGAGAGCAAUAUAUCAUCCAUUGCAGAGUAGCCAUACAAGUUCAAUUGCCAAUGAGCCACAAGCAAAGAGAAAGAAACGAAAGUAAGACAUGCAAGUUUGCCUGUGCAACCUUUCGUCCGAUCUUCCUUUGUUUGCAGGUAUGCAUGCCACUGAUAUAACCAUGGCAAAUGCAAAAAGACUGAAGAGAGAGGAAAAAAGGUCCUCUAUUGGCCUCUUCCUUGCCAGGCAAGUUGAUAGGAAGCUCCAUUGAUCUUUCCCAAAUGCUGAAAGAAUCUAUUCUCAUGGUGGUGUGUGUACCGUCCAGCCGCCAGCGGCCAGCUGUUUAUACCAUAGCUGAAUAGUCAGUGCUGCUGGUGCCUAUCUGUCAUUCACGAAGCUGUGGGCGGUCAGCUGUUCUAGGGCAGCAGGACGACAUACAUCUGAUCAAAUUGCUUCCGCUGACCUUUGGGUUGAAGAGAUAUGCACAUGAAGCAAACCAUGUUCCCUUUUUUUUUACCUUCAGUUUCAAAAUGUUAGUAUGCAAUUAAUUAAGUACGUGGAAGCUUGUUUUCUGUAAGCUACUUCGUAUACAAGUCAAUCAACUCUUCCGAAUUGUACCCUCCAGCAAGGUUCUGCCUGUAGAAAUGGAAGGUCGUGAUUGUUUUGUACACAUAAAACAUAAUUUGCAUUGCAAACUGAAAUCUUAAAAGCAAUGAAAUCUUUAAAGCUGAUAAGCUCCGUUUA